UUACGUGUUGUCUUUUCCCCUCAUUCGUUGCGACGUUUUAUUAGAGUUGCAAGAUGGCGACGGUGCAUCUGAGAAUCGGAGACCUAGUGUGGGGAAAACUUGGCCGCUAUCCACCAUGGCCAGGAAAGAUUGUGAGCCCUCCCAAGGAUCUGAAAAAGCCAAGAGGCAAAAAAUGCCAUUUUGUGAAAUUCUUUGGAACAGAAGACCAUGCUUGGAUUAAAGUGGAACAACUGAAACCCUACCAUGCCCACAAGGAAGAGAUGAUCAAGAUCAAUAAAGGCAAGCGCUUCCAGCAGGCCGUGGACGCCGUGGAAGACUUCCUUAAAAAGUCCAAGGGCAAAGAACAGAACUCUGAGGGUAAGGGAGACUCAAAAGGAAAGAAGACCCCCAACAAACCACUGAAGAUACUGGAUGAGGAUGAUGAGGACCUCAGUGCCUUGAGAGAUCCAUCGGAGAAGGACUUAACUGACUCUGACCCCGAGCCGUCCACUAUUGAGAGGCUGGGGGCUGGACCUGGAUUCAAAUGGGAAAGCAGUCCUGUCAAGGAUGACCCACAUUUCCACCACUUCUUGCUUAGCCAGUCUGAGAAGCCCGCCCCGUCCAUGGAACCAAUAAGCAAGCGCCUAAAAAUUAUUGAGGAGGACACGGCAUCCACAUCCAUUCAGGCUGCAGACAGCACAGCAAUCAAUGGCAGCAUCACACCCACAGAUAAAAGGAUAGGCUUCCUGGGUCUGGGGCUGAUGGGGAGCGGUAUCGUUUCCAACUUGUUGAAAAUGGGUCAUGUAGUCACCGUGUGGAACCGCACUGCAGAAAAGUGUGACCUGUUCAUCCAAGAAGGUGCGCGGUUGGGUCGGACUCCUGCUGAGGUCGCCUCAAUGUGCGAUAUCACCUUCUCCUGUGUGUCGGACCCAAAGGCUGCCAGAGAUUUGGUCCUGGGUCCCAGCGGGGUGCUGCAGGGAAUCCGGCCGGGCAAGUGCUACGUGGAGAUGAGUACUGUUGAUCCAGAGACCAUCACAGAACUCUCACAGGUGAUCACAUCAAGAGGUGGGCGUUUCCUGGAGGCACCGGUGGCAGGAAGCCAGCAGCUGUCCAACGAUGGGAUGUUGGUCAUCCUGGCGGCGGGCGACAGAACGGUUUAUGCCGACUGCAGCAGCUGCUUUCAGGCCAUGGGCAAGACAUCCUUCUUCUUGGGGGAAGCAGGGAAUGCAGCAAGGAUGAUGCUCAUCCUCAACAUGGUGCAGGGCAGCUUCAUGGCCACCAUCGCAGAAGGCCUCACCCUGGCCCAGGCCACUGGCCAAUCACAGCAGACCUUCCUGGACAUCCUGUGCCAGGGCCAGAUGGCCAGCACCUUUGUGGACCAGAAAUGCCAAAAUAUUUUACAGGGCAACUUCAAGCCAGACUACUAUUUGAAGCACAUUCAGAAAGACUUGAGGCUAGCCAUCUCCAUGGGCGACACGGCCAACCAUCCAACCCCAAUGGCUGCCGCUGCUAACGAGGUGUACAAACGGGCCAAGGCGUUGGACCAGUCGGACAACGACAUCUCUGCAGUCUACAGAGCCUACAUUCAUUAGCUUGAGGUGUGGCGACCUCGCUCUUGCAUCUUUCAUUCUUUUUCCUCCCUCUUGAUGUAACACCUUUUUAUAUUUGGAAUUCUUUUAUUUGAUGGAGGUUUUAUUUUAUUUUAUUUUUGGUUCCAGUUUUUGCACCUGCUGUGUUAGCCGCCCACUGUGGCGGGCUUGUCCUUCUUUUAUGAUAGGAAAGAUUGCACUGACUUAACGUAACGGAGGGGAGGUGAUUCUGCUCG